AUUCCUUACACCUUUCGUUUUGUUUUCUCUGUACUAUUGACAGGAAAGACAUUCGAGAGCAUAGAUCCAAGAACUGGAGAGGUUAUAGCAAGUAUCAGCGAAGGAGAUAAAGAAGACAUAGACAUUGCUGUUAAAGCAGCACGUCACGCCUUUGACUAUGGUCCUUGGCCUCGCAUGUCUGGCGCUGAUAGAGCUAGAAUACUAUUGAAAUGGGCGGAAUUAAUUGAUGAACACGUAGAAGAACUUGCAACACUGGAUGCCAUUGAUGCAGGGAAGCUAUAUCACAUGUGUAAGAAUUUGGAAGUUCCAGCAUCCGCAAACACUCUACGUUACUAUGCAGGUGCUGCCGACAAGAUUCGUGGAGAGGUCUUGAAAAGCUCUGGAAAGUUCCAUGCGUACACAUUAUUUGAGAAAAAAUUGUUGGAGAAGGCAAAAGCUUGGGUGGUUGGAGAUCCUUUUGAUCCUAAAGUCCAACAGGGACCACAGGUUGACAAGGAACAGUUUGAGAAGAUUCUUUCAUAUAUUGAGCAUGGAAAGAGAGAAGGAGCAACCCUUUUAACCGGUGGUAAAACAUUGGGCGAUAAAGGAUACUUCAUUGAGCCAACAAUUUUCUCUGAUAUAAAGGACGAUAUGCUCAUAGCACAAGAUGAAAUAUUUGGCCCUGUGAUGGCGUUGAAGAAGUUUAAGAGCAUUGAAGAAGCAAUUAAAAGUGCGAAUAAUAGCAAGUAUGGGUUAGCAGCAGGCAUAGUGACAAAGAAUUUGGAUACAGCAAAUACAGUGUCAAGGUCGAUUCGUGCAGGUACCGUUUGGAUCAAUUGCUACUUUGCCUUUGGUGAUGAUGUUCCCUUUGGAGGGUACAAGAUGAGUGGAUUUGGAAAAGACCAUGGCUUGGAAGCCCUUUACAAAUACUUGCAAGUUAAAUCUGUUGUAACUCCUCUUUACAAUUCUCCUUGGCUUUGAAUUUAUCUCUCACAUCAAUUAUCAAUUUCCACUUCUCAUAAA